UCAAUGAGUAUAAAAGAAACACCAUGACAUGACCAAUUCAUUCAAUUACUAAGAGGCAAAGAUACAUAAAAGAAAAAGACAACGAAAGACAAAAUAAUGGAUACAAAGACACAGACAGCAGCUGAUCGUGUCUAUGAAGACUUUGAACCACCUCAUGAAUGGGAUAAAAAUGAUGGGCGUUUCACUGUUAUGCUGCCAGGAUACACAAGGGAUCAAAUGAAGGUUCAAGUGACCUCAAAACCUGCCCUAAGGCUGAUGGGUGAACGACAGACCUUUCUGAAUAGAUGGCGUCGUUUCAAAUUAGAAUUUCCCAUUCCUUCUGAUUAUAACACAGACAGUGUGACUGCAACAUUUGAGGGUGGCAAAUUAACUGUUAAAUUUGCCAAACUGAAUAAGCCAAAGGAAACAACAACAAAUCCUCCAGAAGAAGCUCCAAGGCGAAAGGAACAAACAACAACAACAAAUCCUCCAGAAGAAGCUCGAAGGCCAAAGGAACCAACAACAACAACAACAAAUCCACGAGAAGAAGCUCCAAGGCCAGAGGAACCAUCACAAAAGGUUGAUGAGCAAAAGGGUGUUCAAGAGGGCACCCCAAAAGCGACAGAAGAGAAAGCAGAAACAAAGACUGAUGAUGUCUCUGAUCAAAAUACACCACCACAGAUGGAGGCAGCUAAAAUAGACAAAGUGGCUGAGAAAGUGACCACUGAUGGCUCAACAGAGACAACAGAUGCAGCAACCUCUGUAGCUCCAAAAACCAAAGGUGCCAAGUUUGUUGCAAGAACCAAAACUAGGUUUAUAGAUUUCUCUCUCUCUAAGGCACUCUCUAAUCAGGAUGAAAAUGAAGCCGUUGGAGUUUCGACCGCAGGGCUUAACAAGUGGAAGAAAUUGGUCGCAUGGAUCAUGCUCAUCUUCUUGGUCGUGGGUGUUGGGCUUUAUUGUAGAAAUGCUUUCAGAUCAUCUCAGGAAGAAUGGAACAACUUCGAAGAGCUGUUAUUAUCCCCUUACUGAUGUACUAUUAUUUGUGAAAGUGCAUUAUAUUAUAUUCAUUUGCGUUUAAAUUCAUAUAUUCAAUAAAAGAAUAAAAUUAUUAAAAUAGUCCAGACUCUGCCAGUUUCUCAACUGUAUUUCAGUUCAAUUGUCAUGUAAAUCUAUUCUAUAUUUCAUACACAAA